GCACAAUGUAUUGAUAAGAGGUCACGUCGAUGCGUGAUGCGAGUAUAGGUGUUAGCGGCCGAGAACGAGCCACAGACGAUUCGACCAUGCACAUAGGCGCGCACGCGUCGAUCACACGUAUCGUAAAAACAUUAUAACAGAAACAGUUUAUAAAUCCAAGACAGAUCGCGAUCACACUUGAACCAAGUCACAAAGACAGCGUUACUAGCGUUACGUGUGCUCUACAUUCUGAAUUAGACAAACAGAUAGUCGUGAAUUAGUUCAUCGGCAUUCGAAACAGCUGAUCGCACUGUUUACUUUGUGGCAAACUGUUUAAACUUUGUAUGUGUUAUUUUAUGGUUUAGAAUCGGCUAUGACCUAAUCGUGUUUAAUUUUCGGGACCGAGUGUGUUAAUUGGUGCUAAAAUUUUGAGGACGUUCACGGCUUUACGGUUUAUCAUUGGAUCUAAGAAUAGUGCGCUGGGACAGUCAAGUGUAAAGUAUGGGCGCUGUGAGUAGCAAGUUGGGAAGCUGCGUGAGACCUCUUUGUUGCAAGGGAUGCACCAGGUCAGCCUCCUACGACCUCAAGGACUUACCGCGACCUCCGCAGUUGGAUUCUUCAAAUGAUGUCAUCGAUGCAACGAAACAUGGAGUGCUGGCGGUGCAAGGUAUAGAUUUCUGUGUUGAAACCAACGGCGAGAAUCAUCAUACCAGCAAAUUCAAUCUUAUGACACGCGUGGUAGAUCGCAGUUUGGUCGUCAGGCGAGGACAGGCUUUCAAGUUGGAUAUCCUCUUAAAUAGACCAUACGACCCAGCGAAAGAUGCAAUUUCAUUCAUUUUCAACGUUUCAGAUGAAUUUUGUGAAUCAGAUGCGACGAUGCGUGGGCCCUCGAAUGAGAUGUCGGCUGCCGUGCCGCUUCUGGAGAAGGGUACUGAGAUUAUGGGUGAUUGGACAGCUGUGUAUGAAGGUCAGAUGGAUUCUCAUCUCAUGGUGGCCAUCACCCCUGCUGCUAACUGCAUAGUUGCUGCGUGGCGAAUGGACAUCGACACCAAGCUAAGCGGAGGUGCCUCCCUCAGUUAUACGCACCCGUUGCCUGUAUACGUACUCUUUAAUCCUUGGUGUCUUCAAGACAGCGUGUAUAUGCCAGGCCACAGUCACCGGGAAGAGUAUGUGCAAGAGGAUGGUGGGCUAAUGUUCAGAGGAGUAGUCAAUGUGAUCAAGCCCACACCAUGGAACUACGCUCAAUAUGAAAAGGAUGUGCUGGAAUGCGCGUUAUAUCUAGUCAAAGAAGUUGGAAAGGUGAAAGGUGGAGCUCGAGGUGACCCAAUUAGAGUGGCACGAGCACUCUCGGCAGCUAUUAAUGUCCAAGAUGACAACGGAGUAUUAUUCGGCAACUGGGCCAAGGAGCUGAGUGACUACAGUGGAGGCACUCAUCCACUUAAAUGGGUCGGCUCACUCAACAUCCUGCAAAAGUAUUACGAAAAGAAGAAACCUGUAAAAUAUGCGCAGUGCUGGGUGUAUGCUGGAGUUCUGACUACAAUCUGCAGAGCACUGGGUAUACCAUGUAGACCAGUGACCGGAUUCGAUGCUGCGCACGACAGCGGCAGCAGCCUCACAAUCGACAUCAUUCAGGACGAAGACGGCACUAUCCUCGACAACUUCACUAGUGACUCUGUAUGGAACUACCACGUUUGGAAUGAGGUAUGGAUGGAGCGACCAGAUCUCGGUCCAGAGUAUGGCGGCUGGCAAGCGAUAGACUCGACGCCGCAGGAAAUGUCCGAAGACAUGUUCAGAUGUGGACCGGCCUCGUUGCGCGCCGUUCUUGACGGUGAACUGCAGCGCCCUUACGACGCGGGAUAUGUGUUCGCGCAGGUCAACGCUGACAAGAUACUCUGGAAAUAUUCUGGAGAAAUUCAACCACUGAAGUUGAUAAAACGUGACACAAUAUCGAUUGGACAGAAAAUAUCAACAAAAGCAAUCGGCAAGAUGGAAAGAGAGGAUAUAACAGAUAAAUAUAAGUAUCCGGAACGUACACUGGAGGAAAGGUCAACGAUGGAAAAAGCCCUUAGACGUUCAGGAAACAUCUUUGCUCGAUAUUACCUCAACGAUGCCUUCAACGACGUCACUUUCGAUUUUGAACUCCGCGAUGAUAUCAAAAUUGGCCAGAACUUUACAGUUUUGUUGCAUAUGAAAAAUCGUUCCAUGGUAGAGAAGUACACCAUAAAAGGAGUUUUGAGAGUGGAUACGGUGACGUAUCGUGGCAAAACUGGGGAUAUCGUCAAACGGGCUGACGUUGACCUAAUAUUGGGUCCAGAGGCUAAGCAUGAGAUCGAGAUGUUGGUCACCUACGACGAGUACUAUGAUAAACUAGUUGAUCAGGCAUCUUUCAAUAUCGCAGCUCUAGUGACGAUAGUAGAGAAACAGUUCGAUUACUUCGCUCAAGACGACUUCCGAGUAAGGAACCCCGAUAUUAAAAUCAGUAUAGAAGACAAGCCAGUCUCCAAAAAAGAGUUCACCGCUACAGUAAAGCUCGAAAACCCUCUGCCUAUACCUUUAAAGAAUGGCAAGUUCUAUAUCCAAGGGCCUGGUCUGGACACACAGUUAAAGAUUGAACUUAAGGAGCCUGUUGCACCCGGCGCUACAGCUACUGCACAGUUCCAACUCACACCUCCUUGGGCGGGUCGCCAUCAAAUCUCUGCCAAGUUCAACUCCAAAGAACUACACGACGUGGACGGCUUCCUUUCCUUUAAGGUGGCCAUGCCGCCAGAACUCAAUGGCUACCACAAUGAAGGCUUAGAAACUCACCAGGUCUAAACCCUAAUGAACCCGCGUGGAACUAAUGGGUUUGACGUUUAAGGGUCAUUUCUUCAUUGGUCUUUUUGAGUGAGAAAUGUGACAUAGUUUACUAAAUUCUAUUUAAAUACUGAUUUCCAACGCGAUUGGUGUUAGAUAAUGAUUCAACAAGACAAGUGAAAAACAUUUGCUUACGAACUUAAAUUUUAUUAUACACACAUCAAAAAAAGUCUAAGCAAUAUGCAUCAUUUACGCGAACUGCAGUUUUUAUCAGUUGAUAUUUUAUAUUGUCAUUACGAAAUGUAUAAUUAAUCAAAUUGGUUUUGAUUAUAAAACGAAUAUUUUAAAUACUAAUUAUCGGUCAAAAGUCAAAAAAAGUUCAUGUUAACUAUUAUGAUGAGUAUGUUAUCCUACAAAUGACAAACUGAAAGGAAACGUGAUAGUGAAGAUGUGAGAAGAGAUGACCAUAAUAUGAACCAAAACCAAAUUUAUUAUCUCAACAUCAUUAAAAGGUGAAUAGUCAUUAAUUCAUAAGUAAAGAGUCACAUACUCGAGUCUUGAUAAGUCUGUGUGUGUAACAGGCGCGCAAUGUUUUAGUUGUGGUCAAAGUGUCGGUUUCCUUCCAACGAGGUGCUAAAAUGUAUGUGUCUUAAAAGAGUUCUUAUUUUUGAACAUCGUUUGAAUUGUAAAAAAGGCAAAAUGUAAAAGUUUGUGAGUGUAACCAUUGCAUUGACUUAUAGUUUAAUUAAAUAUUAUACCAUAAUUUGCUUUGCGAUAAGAAUGGAACAUUAGGGCAACUCAUAACUUUAUAAAACGUUAACUUUAAUUCGAUAUUUGUGCGAGCGUCCAUUUUUACCUAUGGUAUCUAUUAGGCAUAGGUGAAGCUAAUAAAGUGAUUAUUUUCCAAAAUCCUUAUGUAUGGCAGAACAGCAUAGAUUUAAAUUGUAUCAUGUGGAUGAAAUAUCACUGGCCGUUGCCGUUGCUUAAAUAUUAAAAAAAAAUCUUGUCUUAUGAUUUAAACAUCUAGUAGUUAAAUGCUUAACAAAAAAGGUAGUGUUAUUUCGCUGUCCCACUUCUUCCCCAGACGGAAGUUUGAAAAGACGAGAAGGAAGGGAAUUGUUAAAUAAAAUUGUGUUGUUGAAAACAAUGACACCCAGAAAUACGCUUUUUGUCUUUAUCUACACAAACAAAAAGAUGAUUAGCUAUAGGAUAAUUACUGCCAUUCGAUCCUAACGUUAAUUUAAAAUUAAGAAAUAAUUUUUAGAAUUUUACAAUUGGUGCAUAAUAGAGCAACCAUGGACAAAUGAUUGAUACUUGGUCCAUGAGUGGUACUGACUGUCUCAGAACAAUAACUAAAAGACAUCUAAAGGGACGGUUUAACAGCCGAAAUAUUAAACGUAUUUUUUUUAUUUUGAAUAAAGUCGAUGUUGUCCAUGAACUUAUUAAGUUUCUAUAAUAAGUCCAUGAUGUUGUAACUUUCUUUGGAAUAGACGUCACUUUGAGAAGCAUUAGAUUGAACUAUAUCCAGUUAGUUAUGGCAGUAAAUAGAAUAGUUCGAAUAUGAACUUUCCAAAGUUGUAUUAAUCGUUCAUACAGAUCUACUUACUAAUAGUUCUACUUAUAGAACAGAACGGAAAAAGUCUUAUCGUCCUUUUAUAUUAUUAUUAAAAUCAAAGUACCAACUACUUAACAAUUUAACUACUUAACUACAGUUCUCAAAUGUAGAUUAAUAAGUAUAUAAUUACAGUAAUAAGUAUUAGUCGGUUUUGGUACGGGAAUCCAAUUGAAUCGCCUACUGGCUAAUUUCCAACUCCACCAAUUUUAUUCGCAAAAAACAACAAAAAUAAGAAAAAAAUAUAUCAAAAAUUUAAAUAUAGUAGUUUGUAAACGCCAAAACCUUCCUAUUUAUAUUGUAAACGCACUGUUUGUUUUUUUAAUAAAAUUUUGUUUAAACCUUGUUAAAGUAUCGAUAGAGAAUAUAUCUAUAUAUAUAUAUAUAUAAGAAUAUUGUCGUAUGUAACCAUCCUUAGCAAGAAACGAACUCCACCUCUUUUGAGAAAACAAGUGAACAACAAUAUUUUUAUGUAAAGUGCAAAACAUUAGUUGGUUGUAAUUUUUGCAGUCAAGUAUAAAAAUGUUUGACUGUUAAUUAAUUAACUGAAUCUAUGAAUGUAAGACGGCACAGAAUUAAUAGUACCGACUUAAGUAUUACAAAUUUUUAAUCAUGUCUCGUGAAUUCUUGAUACUUUUUAUGUAAGUACUUUUUGUAAAUAACAAUUCGUUUUAACUUAUUGAAAACUCUAAUUUAGUAUUGUAUACAUUUAUUCUAUGUUAUAAUUAAAAAUAAGUAUUAAGGAAAAACAAGUUUUUACUGAAUAAAGAUAUAUUUUGAUACCAAAUUAUUAAGGUAUUAUUUUUACGGCUGUUUCCUCUUGGUCCUACUAAUUUGUCCUGCUGCAGAGUUAAAUUAUUAUAUUUAAAUGCUAAGU